GGCACAUCGACCAACGGCACACACUGUUCCGUGCCAUUCGCUCGACGGAAAGCAACGAGUUAAGUUCGCCCGUACAAACACGCGAGAAAAGAAAAGCGUAGCCCGUGUUUCUCCCGCUUUGUUCGGCUUCGAAAAGGGGAGAAGAAAGAAAGCAAGCAAAGAAACGCAAGUUUGUUGUUGUUACGCGGUGCAGUAAAAUCGGUGCAGUUGAACUUCUUUUCCAGCCAAAAAAUCCUGUUUCACCUGAAAUCCAUCGUCCCUUGGUGCACACAAAGCACUCUUUGAUUGUGCAGUUUAAAAGACAACGCUUUUAUGCUCAGCCCUUUACAGAGACAGAAAAGGGCCAGGGAAGAUCAGUGUGGUUGCAGGUAAAAACGCACCAAAAAGUGAUACCAAGACGUAAUUUUAUCGAAAAAGGAGAUAACUUUGAAACACCAAGACACACCACUUACGUGAUACGCAAAAAAAAAGAACGCAAGCAUAAAGGAAAAACAUAAACACACAUAAUUGUGUUGUCAGUUUUGUACGUCACUGUGUUUGUGUGUGAGAGUGCCUUCGGUUCAACGCAUUAGCAGAGUCGUCUGGUGUAUCGGAGUGUGCGUUCGUGUGGUGUUGCGACCUGUGGUGAAUUUUCAUUCGAGAGAGAGAAAAAAAAAAGAAGCGAAUUCCCCUGUUCCGCUCGUGCCCACCAACCUCCUGCUGGGAAAAGAGUCGCUUCAAGGACAAAAUCGGAGAACACACCGAAGGAACGUGAACAACGGCGAUCGGGCAAACGCACCGAAAAGCAAAGCAAACAUUGAAAAGCAAUCACACGUUUCGAAGAGCUCGCGUGAUAAGGGGCCAAGAUUCCAAAUUGGAUAGUUGAAAGAGAAGAAGCAGAAAAAAGUGUAAAAAAGUGAAGUUGGUGAACAGAAAACUGAUAAGAAAGUUAAUCUCAUACCAGCAGUAUGGCAGUGCAAGUGGAUAAUUUGUUACUCUCCGACAUUGGCCGUUCAAUAUCGUUGGACACCGCGACACGCCUCAGAAACGCCGCCAUGAGCAAGCUCAUCCGCCAGGUGUCGAUCGAAACGCCGGCACCGAAGCUGAAGGACUGUGUGCUGAAUCUGGUCGUGCCGGUGCCGGACACGCCGGCCCAGGGCGCCCGCAUCCUGGUCGUCUAUGCCGGGGCCUGCUACCGCAAGAACCAGUCCACCUCGAUCUCGUCCAUCAGCAGCCAGCUGUCGGACACGGGCGACAUCACCACGUCGCUGCAUCUGCUCGCGAAACAGAUGCAGAGCGGCAGCUUCACCAGCAUCAGCGAGGAAGGGCCGGACAGUACGCCGCCCCAGCACCAUCAAACGUCGGUCGCCAUCCAGCACAACCCGCAGGCGCAUCAGGGCGUCCGGGAUGGGGCACUGUUUCCCGGGUUUGAGGUGGCGGGCGUGAUUGAAUCACUCGGCAGCGAGCUGAAACCGGACUGCGGGUUUAAGGUGGGCCAGCGGGUGAUUCUGUACCCGUACGAGGGCGUCCCGCACGGCUACUCGGAGCUGAUGGUGGUGCCCGACCUCAAGUAUCUGAUCCCGAUCCCGGACGAGCUGCCGCUGGCGGUGGCGGCCACCCUGCCGACCGGUGCGCUGCUCGCCCAGAGCGCCAUCAUUGCGGCGCACAAGAUCGUGGACGAGCUGCUGAAGAGCCGGCCGGGCGAGAAGGUGAAAAUACUGAUCGUCGGUACGGGCGGGCUGGCCCUGUGGGCGGUGCGCAUUGCGGCGCAACACUUCUACACACCGGCGACCAAGGACAAGAUACAGAUUACGGUCGCAAGCCUGCGGGACGAGGGUUUCCUUGUGGCGAAGAAGUGCGAACGGGUAAACAUCGUCCAGUGGAACGAGGAUCUGUACGAGAAGCAGCUGAUCGAGCGCACGCAUGACGCUUGCGACGGGCUGGUCGACAUCGUGAUCGACUUCGGCACGACGUCGCGCAGCUUGCACCGGUCGAUGCAGUGCCUGACCAAGGGCGGCCACAUCUUCAUCAGCGACGAGGUGGCGGAAAAGCUGCUGCCCAAGUUUAGCAAGCGGGCGGAGGAGCGCGGCCAAACGAUCGAGGCCGCCCCGACCGGUACGAUCGAGCAGCUGCAUCAGCUGGUGAAGCUAGUUUCUUCCAAUGAGAUUGAACCACCGCCACACUCAGUAUUUCCCUCGGAUCAGGCCGCCGAUGUGGUGCGCAAGCUGGCGAGCUCGGAGAUUCCCGGACGUGCCAUCCUGAAAUUCCAUGAUAUCGAGUAAGAGCCCCACCCAAUCACCUUCAUCACGCCCCAACAUCGCAUACAUAGAUAUAUAUAGAGAGUCAAGUAUGCUGUAUGAAAGAGGGAGAGAGUGCGAGAGAGACAGCAGAAGAGAAAAAGAGUAGAUUCAACCUUUCCUAAACGCCUCCCCAGUAGGAUUGUUUUGUAUCCUAACUUUCCUCAUCAUUUGAUUUUCUCAUAUCUUCCUUCGUGGAUUUAUCUUUUAGUUUGUAAGCAAACCAAUGCAAACGAUGCCUCAAUCAUUUGCUGGACAGAGAAAAAAAGAGAGAGCGAGGAAGAAAACAUAGUCAAAAAAAGCAAGCAAAUGAAACAAGCUGCUCUGAUGAUUGCGUGCGCUAGUUUGUAGUGAAAGUGUAAGAAAAUGCAGCAAAAAAAAAAAAAUGGAAGAAAUAUGUUACUAAGCAGGACGAAGAGAACACUUAACUUAGCAGCAAACAUUGGAAUAUCAAGCUGGGAAAAUCGUCCCCCAAACCUCAACAACAAAAAAACAAGUAUUCAUUUUUACUAAAUGAACUACUCUUACUCUAGUAACUCGGUGUCAUGUAAAAUUAAAACAAAACAAACCCACUAUCAAUCAGUAACACACAAAAUUCGUGAAACGGAGAAAAAGCGAUCUUUGCGGCCGCCGAAGCAAAUUGGUUGAAUUGGAUUAAUUUUAUCGUUUGUUUGUUUGUGUUUUUUUGUUAAUAUUAAGUGGACGAAACUGUAACGCUUCAAAGGGGAAAUCCUCUAUAGUCUCAUUAGCACCACCAGCAAUAAUUUGGCACACGGUUGCCUUUUUAUCAACUCCCAAAAAAGAGAGAGAGAGAAAAAAUGUAACAUUUAGCGACUACUACGCGUUACUAAUUUCAAUGUGAUUUAUAAAUACGGUACCGAGAAGAUUCAAAUUAUUUUACCUUUUUUCCCCCUUUGCAAUCAUGAAGGAGAGAAGAGGAGAUCAUAAUGGAAAGAGAAUGGAAAGGAAAACUUUAUUGUGUUGUUACCUCUUCCACCUCAAAAAAAAAAAAAAAACGCAGAAAACAAAACGUUAAUCAUACCUAAAAACACAUGCAAACGUUAUGAUGAAAUAACAUAAUUGAAGAUGCAAUGAUGAAGGUAACGAUGAGCUAUCGUUAGUCGAAUCGAGUGUAAGUAGUGAGUACAACAAAAAAACACAUACACACUGAAACGCUUGUGAAGAAAAGGAAAAGGCAAAAGAAACUAAAGAAAAGCACGCUAGUAGUGUGAGGAAGCGGACAGCCAGGACACAGGACAGGGAAGGACGUUGGUGUAUUGACAGCCCAGCGUGCUGAGGUUUCGUGUAUCCCUUUCGCUUUCCCGAUCCUGGACAGUGUUGGUUUAGUGUUUAGUUGAUAACUUAAUAGUUUGUAAAAGUGUGCGUUCAAAAUGGGGUUUGUGCGCAACGAUCUCCCUGAAACGAUCGCCCCCUCACCCCACACACCUCUCCCACGGGAGGAAGAAUGCUUGAACGGAAACAGCAGACGGCAGCAGAGCACUGGUAUGAUGUCUGUGUGUGUGUUUGGGAGAAGUAAAAAUGCGGCAAAGUAAUGUGUAUUAUUGGUAAUGAGUUAAAACAGGUCAACACUGAAAAUAAAGAACUGUAUAGAAGUUACAAAA